AUGAGCACUGGCAGUUGUCGCACUGCGGCGGCCCGUAGAGCAGCGUCUGCGACAGAACGGGACUUUGCCACUUUCGAGAAUCUCGGGAAUGUCGAGGAGUUUCAGGGGUUUGAGGAGGAAUUUGAGGCCCUCGCAGCGGCAGGCUCUAGUAGUGGGUACGGCUAUAGUUCAAGUAACGGCUAUACAAGUAGGAGCACCAUGCCGUCCGCAGACGGAUUAGAGAAUUUCGAGGUGCCUCAGAGCAGCUGUGCCGUCCGCAGAGCAUGGUCCGUCAUAGAACGUGGCCCCGCCACAUCCCCUUCCACCAUAGAGUGCGGCGCCCCUGGCGCUUGGUCCGCCAUUCGCGUUUCCGUUUCCGGUGGCGGAACUCGUUCCGAAUCAUUCCCCCACGCCUCUGCCGCCAACCUUGACGACGAUAACGAUAACGAUGAUGGAGUCAUGACGGCAUGGCCAGUGCAGCAGCACUGGCAGCGGGAAUGCGCAGCAAGGGGAGUUUCCACAGAGAAGCCGUCUGGAGGGGAACAGUCAAGUGGGAGGAAAUCACCUCGGAACGCUCCAAAAACAUUUACCAGACUCCGCAACCUCGUCCUCCUAGUCCCCCUCCUCCCCCUUCCUUUCCCCCACUUUCCCUUGCCCCACCCUCCCCAUCUCCUCCCCCAAUCCACCGUCUUUCUCCCCAUCCAUGCCCCCGCGCUUCCCCACUCGUUCCCCUAA